AUUUCAGGAAGGGAAAAGGAAACUUAACUGGCUUGAACCAGACUUGCCUUAUCCCUUUUUUGGCCACCUUAUCUUUUCACUCACUAACCACAUCCCACCCGGCUGUUCAGCUAGAAGUUAAUGUUUGACGCAAGUGAUUGCCUGUCGGCCAGAGGGAACUUACUCUCGUCACUCAGAAGCUGGCGGGGCAAGUAACAGGGAGUGCCUGGAGAAACCCCGAAGGGCUUAGCCUUCCUUCCAUCAGGGAGAAUUGGUUGCAUCCUGAAGCCUGUGAGGAGGAAUUAGGUACAGGAAAGAAACAAUACUUAGAAGAAAGAAGCAUUUCCUUCGUGGUUCUGUUUUUUCUUCUUUUUAAAGCGAAUAAUGGUUUGUCUCAUCUCUUUCCUGGGUUGACUAAUCCACUAAUGUGACUGGUGUGAGGUGCUGAUUCAGAGAAAAAAAAGUUGUGUUGCCUGUUUGGGUGUAGCUUUGCUCAUGGAGACAGGAAACAGCCAGAAGGAUUGUUCGGAUAUAAUUGAUGAAACCCACAUUAAGGAAUUCGAAGUGGCCCAAUGGAUCAAGAUCACCCUAGCCCUUAUCUACGUCGUCAUCUUUGUGGCAGGUAUUGUGGGCAACAGUGUCACCAUCCAGACGACCAAACUGCUGCAGAAGAAGGGCUACUUGCAGAAAGAGGUCACAGACCACAUGGUGAGCCUGGCAUGCUCGGACCUGCUGGUUCUCUUGCUGGGGAUGCCUGUGGAGUUCUUCAGUAUUAUCUGGACCCCUUUCUCCACCCCUCAAGGCAACCUCGCCUGCAAGCUCUACUGCUUCCUUUUUGAGGCCUGCAGCUAUGCUACGGUGCUGCAUGUGGCCACUCUCAGCUUUGAAAGGUACAUUGCCAUCUGCCACCCUUUCAGGUUUAAAGCUGCUUCUGGGCCCUGCAAAGUGAAGAUCCUCAUUGCCUUUGUCUGGAUUACAUCCAUCCUUGUGGCCUUACCUCUUCUCUUUGCAAUGGGCACAGAGUACCCAUUGGAAGCCAUCCAGGGCCACCGAGGAUUGGUUCCCUGCAGCAAACCCAAACCCCGGCACCAGAUACCUGACGUGGUGCUAAAUGUCACCAUAUGCACCAGCUUGUCGUCUCGAUGGAAGGCCUUCCAGUCUGGUAUCUUCACUGCUUUUAUUGUGUAUGUCGUGGUGUUGGUGUCUGUGGCUUUUAUGUGCCGGAAUAUGAUGAAAGCCCUGAUGAUCCACAAACAAGGCACCUUAGCCGUGAGAGGGGAGAGAGAAAGCCAAAAUCAGUACAUAAGGAAAAAUGAGAAUCCCGAUGGCAGGAGUUCCAGGAAACAAACUAUCCUCUUCCUAGGAUUGAUCGUUGCCUCUCUGGCAAUAUGCUGGCUGCCAAAUCAAGUUCGAAGGAUCAUGGCUGCUGCUAGACCUAAGCAGGACUGGACAGUCCCCUACUUCAGAGCGUACAUCACCCUGCUCCCUAUAGCAGAUACGUUCUUCUACCUCAGCUCCGUCGUGAACCCGCUCCUGUACAAUAUCUCUUCCCAGCAGUUCCGGAAUGUGUUUGUUCAGGUCCUCCGCUGUCGCCUGACACUGGAACACGCCAACAAACAGAAGCUUUUAAGAUCCCAUUUGAAUUCUGCAGCCGAUAGCAGCCGCUCGCGGCGCCCAUUGAUCUUCGCGUCAUCCGCCGCGCGCAAGUCUUCCACCAAGAGCGCUAACAAGGUUUUCUUAAGUACUUUUCAGAGCGAAACCAAGCCUGGCUGCAGUUUGCAGAAAUUGAGUCUUGAAUCACUGGAGCUGAAUGUGAAAAUGAUGCCACUGGAGACUUGCACAGUUCCUAGCCCUGCUACCCAAAAUGGACUUUGUGAACACGAACUGUGAAUCCACAUUUAAAAAAAACAAAGCCGGAUGAUACAGUAUGCUAAAAAUUGGAUAUAUAUUUUUUGAAAUAAAGAAAAAAGCACCACAAAUGGUUUUUUGCAACCUAUUUGGUUGCACCCUUCAAUAGACUACGAUCCCAGUAACAUAAAUGAAUAUGGGUUCUACAUGGGUGACGGCUUUUUUUAAAAGUGCCUACCAGAAAGACAGGGCAACUAGACCUAUUCUGCUGCUAAUGAAGUUGCUGAGGAUUUUUCAAAUCAAACUCUUCUUUUAGCACUUGGAAGCAAACAGCAACAUUACAAUGGAAACCAGCUGUGUCUGGACAAAAUGAAGCCAAAAACAACAAAAAAAUCUUCCAUUAGAGUUCAGCAGUGUACUGGUGUUAAAAAUGCCAAGCUAGAGAGCAGUAUGGUUGUUAAUACACCAGCCCUGGGCAUGGUGCCAGAGUUUCCCCUCUUCUUUGGCCUGGGCCCAUUGCAGAGCGGAGUAUUGCAGCAGCUUAUACAAACAGAGUUUAUCUUCCCUGGAGUACAGAAAGUCUGGUAUCCGGCAGAGGUCAUGAGGCAAGCUGCAGAGGAUGCGCAGGACUUGCGAUACAGGAUCCCUAUGACACAGAACAAAAGUUUAUUUAGCCUCAUAUGAACAAACAUGCUUUCUACUGUAUGUUAGCUCUUUUCUCUAUUUAAACAGACUGCCAAGUUUCCCCGUAAUAGUGGUUCUGAUUCUCAGUGCCAUUUCCAAAGGAUUUUGCCCACCAUCACCUGUUGUGUAUCUCAGCAGGAAAUGCAGGGCUUUAAAUAAAUGGCACUGUUCUUUAAAAAGCUCUCCCACCCCCACACCCCCCUUUUGCUUUCCACAAAGCCUGCAAAUUACAAAAUCAAUACAUUUGGGCCAUACAUAACUUUAUUAAAAGAGAGGUUUUAAAACUUUAAAAGUUGUACCUAUUUAAGAUUUGAGUACUGUACAUGGAAGUUUGAUCACAUUCCAAACAGCAUUAUGGGAGCUUAAGGAGACCCACAAUUGUUUUUUAUGCUUCUGAUUUACAACGUGCUAAAGGAAGUUCUCCUUUUACACACUUUCUGUGGAGAGGAAAUCAGCCCCAAACGAAGAAAAAGCUCAUGGGAGAAUUUGGAAUCUACAGAGCAUACUCACAAACACAAAUAUUAUAAAUAUUCUGUCUUUCCCCAUCCUAGGCUGCUGUAGAAAGUUGGAUAAACAGAAGUCAGAACGAAAUGACUUUCCUUGUAAGAAGCCCUCUAGAGAUUGUUCUGUACCUUUUUUAAUUGAAUGUGUGUACUGUAAUACAUACAUUAAAUAUUUAUUUUAAAUGCUGUGUGUGUGUGUAUGUAGAAUACAACACACAUACACACACCAAAAUUGGUUCAGAGGGAGUUAAGAACAGCACAAAGGAUGGGGGCGUUGUUCCAUCUGGCAAGCUGUUAUGCGGACAGAAUGUUUGCAUUAAAACAGUGUUGAAUUCCACCUGAUCCAUAGAACAUGCCUGCAUGGAAAACCACAUUUUAUGAGCAGGAAAAUGGAACAGAACAGAUGAGUUUUACUAAACUUAGCAAUGACAGUGAGUAAAAGCUGUAAGCGGCACUGCACACACUAAUAAAGAGUGCUGUGUUUAGGUAUUCCCUCACCGUAUUAGAACCCAGGCAGGGUACCCUAAAAUGUUCAUUAUUUUGGAGACAAUUACAUUGGAGAAUAAACAACUUCCAUAGCUUGUGGGAAAUACAGCAUAUGAGAAGCUUGAGUUUAAUGGAAAUGGAGUGGAUCCCCCCAGCCCCCCACACAUAGCAGAUAUUGUAUACUUAUGAUUAACGUUUAUUCACUUGAAUUGGGUAAGUGGACCAGCCUACAGUUAAGUCUCUGGUAUUAUGUUAUAUGGACCAUGUACACAGUGCAAUUAAAUCUAUGAAAUGAGAAGUUGGCCUGCUUUACUAAUGUAAGUCUUGACAGCUGUUUAUGCUUAUUAUAAUUUACUGGUUUCCUUCAUUCAUGUAGCUGCAUUCACCCAACAGUUUUAUUCCAUUUUCCCAAACUGUUAAUUCCCACAUCAUACUUGAGUUUCCACACAACAUAGAAGCCAUUUCCAGAAAACUAAUGGAACACAACACACAUUAAGUGCUCUUUCUAUGUUACUUAAUGGGAGGAAAAUCCAUUUAUAGCCCCCCCAACCUAGAAAAUCAUGGAAGUGACUAAAUUUGGGGAAGUAUACCAACAUAAGGUUCUUUCCUGCUGUUUUCAUGGUUGAAUCAUAGACAAAUAGAAGCCCACAUCUGUGGGAAGGAUGGUGGAGCAGUGAAUGAAUAUUCAAUGACAUUCAUUCAAACCACAACCGGUGUGAAUGAAAUUUAGCAUGACAUACUGGUAUAGAGGUCAAAAAGCCACAGUUCCCUAACAAAACCAGUAUUGCAGUCUGACGUGAACACUGGAAAGCAGGAGAAGCACUAGCAUUAUAAUUGGGAAUUGUAGAGUUGGAAGGGACCCCAAGAAUCUAGCCCAACCUCUUGCAAUGCAGGAAUAUGCAGCUUUCCCAUACGGGGAUCAAACCUGCAACCUUGGCAUUAUCAGCACUAUACUAUAACUACUAAGCUAUCCAGGUUUUAUGCAAUAUUCAUCAUGUAUGAAUACACCAGUAAUCAAGAAAAUACAAGCAUAUAAUCAUGGGGUGGCUUCUACUAUUCUCUUAGUACAGUAAGUAUCUUCUUUCUACCUUUUUCACCCUACUUAGUGGAUAAAGAUUGAGACCACUUCCAGACACAUUUCUAGCAGAAUACUUGCAACAGCCCUCUACACCAGUUACUGACUAUACCAACUUCUGCCUAACUGGGUUGGCUUUGGCAUGGUGUGGAUUGAGAUUAACCCCGCUGUAAAUGGAAGGGCUUCCUCCUUUCAUUCGUGGAAUAGACCAGGAUCCAGUAGGGCUCUAUGUCAGAGGAAAAGAUGCAGCAAUUUUUGCUAACCAUGCCUGUCUCAGCGCUACUCUCCAGAAAUGUUCCAGAGGAUUUCCUAACCCCCCAUAACACCUUUUCAUGAGGCACAGGGGUGUGUGGCAACUGGCAACAAUUGCCUCCCCAACCCUUCUGCAAGAGUGGAACUCUGCUCAUCACAAGUCCAAAUCCAGACAGUGUUAGAAACUCAAGAUAUGUAAGCUAGAUGCCAAAUGGCUCCUUCAACCAAAUUUACACUCGCCAGAAUGUCUAGUUGCCACUUUGGGGCAAAAUGGGUCAAAGUCUUAUUUUUCAAAUGAUGGACCGACUGAUUCUCGGCUAGCUCGGAUGACAAACUUGAGCUAGGUUAAGAACUUUGAGAACUUAAAGAAGAAAAGUGACUUUAUCCAGGGGCAGUCCACAAAUAUAUGGCCUAUAUAUGGCCUGCGAGCAUAGCGGUGGGGUGGGGUAAACAAAGACAAGCUACAACAUUUAACUAUAACGUUACUCACUGUUCCUGCCCAGGCUGCCCAGAAAAAAGCAUUUUGGUUCCUGAACUUCAUUAUGAUUGUUUUCACACACCAAUACCACAUCCUGUAGGAUUUGCACAGUCAACAUCCAAUGCUCUCCAGAUGGCGGAGAUGUCAGGCACUAUGCUAGUGCCCAGGCAUCUUCACUUGGUCGCAGGUGGCCAAUAAGGCAGGUGCAAAAAUGCACUUGGCACGUGGCUAAUUCCAAACACUGAAUCCAGACCAUUGUGAUCAGCAUCCAUGCAGAACAUGAAUUUUACGGGAGAUCACUAUUUCCUGCAUAGUUGCUGGCACAUGGUGAUGGCAGCUGCAGCAGGCACAGCUCUUUACAGCAGGGAAAGAGAACCUGUGACUCCCCAGAUGUCAUUUGGCUCAAAUUGCAGUCACUCCCAGCCAGCCUUGCCAGUUAUCAAGGGCAGGAGCUGUAGCCCAGCUGCCUUUAGCACAUCUGUGAGAAUUGCUGCAGCCAUACUAGCAGAGGGCCUGAGAUGUAAAGGAAUUCAAGACCAAUUAACUGCUCUGCAAGAAUAUCAAAAAAGGGCAUAUCUCCUAAUUGCUUAAAGAGUUCACUAUGGACUACCAGAGCUUGUUACAUAUAGCCUCACUCUGCAGCUAAACUCGCAAAAACAAAAUAACCAAAGGAUCAAAAUGCUGCCACAUAGCUAUGCCUCCUUGUAUGCAACAGAUAAUAAGGGUUUUCAAUUGUAAAAACAAGUCAUGUAUUUAUUUCCUUCACAUUUUGCACAGUAACAGCAGAUGAAAGAGACUCUAUCAGUCCUUGAAAGCUGAAUGCAAACUGAAAAACCUCAGGUGAAAGGUUUCAUAUCUGCCUUUCAGCGGUAACAAUCCUGCAGCUACUUAAAAAUCUGAAUAACACAAAGAGCCAAAUGAGGUAAAGUACUCAUAAAAUGUAGCUCAAUGCCAAGCUUUUCAUUUAGGACAUUGGGAUGAGCUGUAUUUAAUUCUUCUAUUCAAAAGACCUAACGGUGCAACAGCUGAGUGUCCAAUCAAACCUGCAGGAAUUCUUCUUUCAAUGGCAAACACUUUGAAACCAUCAGUUCCAUGCUGGCAUUUCAGACACAUUGAACAACAAAUGCAGCAGUGGUAACUCACUAAUUUGCCAUCUAAUGUCACUUUUAUCAUCCAUUACCAUAAACCGAACAGCCCAUCUAGAAACAACUCGUAGAAACAAAUUAUCACAAGCCAAACCUUUUGCGUUUCACAGGACAAUGAUAUGGCACAUAGUGUCUAUGGUCACGACAACUAACAAAACUUUGCAUUUGCAAUGUCUGGUGGAACAAUUGGCAUCUUCCCACACAAGCUGCAAUCAGGUGCACACUUACCUGGAAGUAAGCCCCACUGAAUUCCGUGGGACUUGCUUCUACAUAAAUGUGAAUAGGAUUGUGCUGGUAUACUAGCUCAACCAGUCAUUAAAUGUGUCUGCUCAUUUAAUUCCUUCCUUGAGAGACUAGGGAGUCUUCAGUGCCUCUGGGUUAGUGCCCUGCUCUUUUUCCCAAUGCUGUUAUUUCUAGAAAAUAAUUCCUAGGAGUGCCUCUGGGCUAAGCAAUACCAUAGUUUAAAAAGGGAGCAAGUUUCUUCAUUUCAUUGCCUCUUUCUCUCUUUUUGUAGCAUAGCACCAAACAACAGGUUGCAGAAACCAGAAUCACAUACAAUUGGAGUUUUCUUGAUUUCUGUCAAGUUAGCACACUGAGUUGGGUCCAUACAAAGUUAGCUGCUCUUGGGACUUAUUGUCAUCAGUAUGAGAAGUUAGUAAUGAUUUAACUUAAAACUCAUAGAUUGCAAUGGAAGCUAAAUGCAACUGACUUAGUUUAGUUCCAAGCCAAGAUUGUUUGCAUCUAAAAAGACAUACUUUGUGCUCCCACCUGAAAUGUCACUAAAAACCCGAAAGCUAGAUGUGGCAGCUCCAAAGUUAUGGAACUUCCUCCCCCAAAGAUGCACCUAACACCUUCAUUAUGCAAUCCACAUCAUAUGCUGCAGGUGCCCUGGAACUUCAUUGCGAAUGGUGGGUAAGAAAUCAAAACUAUAAAAGAGUACCAACCAGUAACUUCUCAUAAAUUACCUGUGUUGUGAAAUAAAUUUUAGCUUAUGCAACUUGGGCCUCACUAGUGAUUGAAUAAUAAUCAGCGUGUGCUAUGUUUCUCCUUAACUACAUUUCUAAAAGAGCAAAAACUCUUUUUACCAAAUGCUGCUAUCCUAAUACUAGGGGAAAGGUAAGGACUGGAUUCCUAACAGGAACUAACCCAUCUUUGUAUUUUUGAUUUGGAAUUAGAUGAACAUCCGUUGGCUUUGAUAGUUUUGCAUUGCUUAUACUACAAACAAGUUUCUACUCAGAAAGGAAUCGGUCACUGUGUAACUAGUCAACUGGAUGUGUUGAAAUGACACACAGACCCAUUUGUAACCAACCGUUGAAUAUAGUCAUGGGAUAUUUUCCCUUAGUUCUGGCCUGGCCAAUCUCCAUCUGUGGCCAAGAAGCAGGUUAGCCAUACAAAGGCCAAGUCACCAAGUAGAUUCUAGUUUCCAAUGUCUACCGGUUUCCUUUAUCCCUCUUGCUCUGUGGUCAUUAUCCUUUUAUUAUCAUGAAGCCAAUUCAUGAAAUGCUCUCUUUCCUCACGAUGUAUUGCACUGGUGACAGCUCAUUUAGGAAUAUAAAACUGGUGGCAGAAUCUUUUGUUGGGAACUUCUGCACCAGGUGAUACCAAAAAGCAACCUGUGUCUUAUUGAGAACUAAUUUGAACCAAAUAAUUAUGCUAUAUAUAGAUAACUGCACCACAUAAUGCGAUAAAACUGUUAGCACAUUUGCAAAGCUAAUGGGUCCAGUAUGGUUUCAAAUUGGAUGGGGACCAUUUGUUGAGAUCCCUGCACUGC